AGCAACCGAAUCCAAAGUCAAAGCCACCACUGCACAGAGGAGCAACUGCCGCGUGAUUUCAGUCUGUUGCGAGCCAGUUUUGUUUGGUGCAUUACACAGCGGUUAACCAGUACCGUGGCUAAGAAACAUGCGUCCUGAAAGUUCCUGACGAGAAGAGACGUAGGAAAAACUUACCAGUACCCCCGUCUCAUGUUACAGGCCUGGCGCCACAAGAUCGUCGGCGCUGUUUUGCGACGGUGCAGCCACUGUUACUACUCCCGCCGCGUGGACUUUCGCGGCACUGCGACAACGGCAUCGUGCACGGGCGGCGAUCGCGUGUCGCCGCGAACCAUGAAGCUCGAUAGCCCACAGUUCCGCGCGCUAUUCACGCCCGAAGUGAAGGAGCUCGUGGACAUCUUCAAGCGGCAUGGCCACGAGCUACGCAUCGCCGGCGGCGCCGUCCGAGACCUGCUCAUGCACAAGCAGCCGCACGACCUGGACUUCGCCACUACCGCGACGCCGACCGAGAUGAAAGAGAUGUUCGACAACGAAGGCGUGCGCAUGAUCAACAGCCGAGGAGAAAAGCACGGCACCAUAACGGCGCGCAUCAACGACAAGACAAACUUCGAGGUCACGACCCUGCGCGUGGACGUGGUGACGGACGGCCGUCACGCCGAGGUCGAGUUCACCACCGACUGGCACACGGACGCCAACAGGCGCGACCUCACGGUCAACGCGCUCUUCCUGGGCCUCGACGGCACGGUGUACGACUACUUCCACGGCCUCGAAGACCUGGAGAAGAGGCGCGUAGCGUUCGUGGGCGACCCCGCGCGGCGGAUACAGGAGGACUACCUGAGGAUACUGCGCUACUUCCGCUUCUACGGACGCAUAGCCGUGGAGCCGGACAGCCACGAACCGGAGACGCUGACCGCGAUUCGAGAGAACGUCGGCGGUCUCGCGCGCAUAUCGGGCGAGCGGUUGUGGACGGAGCUCAAGAAGAUACUCGUCGGCAACUUCAGCAAGGAGCUCGUGUGUCGCAUCGUCGACGUGGGCGCGGCGCCCUUCCUGGGCCUACCGGACUCCCCGGACCUGCACGAGUUCUGCAAGGUCUGCGACGCGUCGACACCGCUCGAACCGCAGCCCACGACCCUCCUGUCGGCUCUGCUGCAGAACGAGUCGGAGGUGAUGAACAUGCACAACCGCUUAAGGCUGUCCGCGUACGAACGCGACUUGGCCCUGUUCGUAGUCGCCCACAGGGAGGACAAGAAGUCGUUCGAGGACCGCUUGAAACCCUUCCAGGCGCUGCUGUUCACUACCAAGGGCAAGGUCGGAGACGUCCAGGAGUGGAUCUGCGAGGUGCUCAAGUACCGCGCGGACGCCGAGCUUCUGGAACGAUUCAGGUGUUGGGACGUACCCAAGUUUCCCGUGAAUGGCAACAUGCUCCUCGAGCGGGGCCUCAGGAGCGGGCCCAGGUUUGCGACGGUGCUGGCCAGGCUGAAAGAGAUGUGGUUCGACAGCGACUUCACGAUGACUGCCGAACAGCUCCUCGAGAAGCUUCCGGACAUUCUCGCCGAAGUCAAAACGAGUAAAUCGAAAAAAGCUUGAACUUUUUCGAGCUUGGAGGUUGUUAGGUGAGCCCACGAAACAUGCAAUAGGAAGUGGGCCAUGGUCAGAGGCCACCUAAAUGUGCAGUUGUGGAGCAGCUUCCGAGUUCAGAGUGAUCAGGCCUUCCCUCACAGAUAUUGAAGUAAAGAAAGAGUCAUGUAGUGUGUUGUCA